UUUGAUUUGACGUUCCUCUUUCAAUGCCAAGGGUAAAAUUGCCAAUUUUUAUAGUUUUCCAGUGAUAAUUCGGUGGUGUGUUAUUCGUGACUCGUAAAAAGACUAAAAUCCUGCAGGAAUUUCAUUCGAGGUUUGUCAUGGAGCUCGAAAAAAACGGUUACAUCUAAUCCCGUAGGAUGGGAGUCGCCCUUUCAUCGAGCACCCCGCAACGAAGAUUCGUUUUCACCCGAAGGAGACGCUCCUACGACCAUCGUAACUGAGGGAUACAUUAGUUAACUGCCCCCCUAAAUUUCCGCUGUUUAGUACCUAACAUGUACGUUUCGAUAGCCCCCACUUGAUGAAACGACCAGUCCCCGCUUUGUAUUGAUAUCGCCCACAGACAUGGAGUCCACACGUCUGCUGAUAUACACUUUGUGGAUGCUGAUUUUCCCGGAAUUAUUUACAGUCUUCCAUGAAGGAGAGGCCGCGUACGCAGUCAAACGUUUCACGGGGUUGUACACGGGCCCCUAUUUCGAUCCCACCACCACGACCAACAUCACCACCCAAUUGGGCACCCACGCUUACAUACCCUGCAAAAUCAAGCAGCUGGGCAACAAGUCGGUGUCGUGGAUCCGAAGACGCGACGCCCACAUUCUCACUGUAGAUAGGUACACAUUUAUAGCCGACGAUAGGUUUCAAGCGUUUUUCGUGGAAGCUACUGACACGUGGACGCUGCAAGUGAAGUACGUGCAAGCCCGAGACGCCGGACAAUACGAAUGUCAAGUCAGCACCGAGCCGAAGAUGAGCCAUUUCGUUAACUUGAAUGUAGUCGUGCCCAAAAUCGAGAUCGAAGGCGAGUCGGAUAUCUACGUGAAGCGCGGCAGCACCGUGCAGCUCAAGUGCGUGAUCACGCAGUCCCUGGAGGAGCCCGCUUACAUAUUUUGGUACCACGACGGCGAGCGGGUGCUCAAGUACGACCAAAGCGCCAUCGACAUACGCAUGUCGCGCAAAGGCACCGACACCACGGUCAGCACGAUGACCAUAUUCCGCACCAGGCCGGAGGACGCCGGCAAUUACACGUGCAGCCCGUCCAAUUUGGACUCUGCCAGCGCCUAUUUGCACGUGAUCAACGGUU